GUAGUUGUUUAUUCCAGGUCCCUUUGAUUGUAAGAAAAUGGAAGCACAGCAAAAUGGUAGACUAGAAUGAGCCCGACGAAAACGGAAGCACGAAGAGGAUGCGUCCGACCACCACAUUUCGAUAUAUUAUGGCUGCCCCGCGCAGCGCUAGAGACCGACCCAUCGGACUGCGUGGUGGUGGUGGGCGUGUCCAGACCUCGCGCCACCCUCGCCGUAUUGGCCGUCCUGCUUCUGUCGCUCUUCCUCGCCUGUCACCUGAUCUACGAUUCCGCGCUGAGCGGACUGCGCAGGGGAGGACAGUCGCACCACUCGCACCAGCUACCUCACCGACCAGUUUUGGUGCUGCCCAGGAGGUUGUACCCUACUGCCGCCAGGAGGCUGCCGCAGGCAAUCAUAAUGGGUGUAAGAAAAUGCGGAACAAGAGCACUGCUAGAGAUGCUAUACCUGCAUCCUAUGGUACAAAAAGCAUCAGGAGAAGUUCACUUCUUCGACAGAGAUGAGAAUUACAAUAAGGGACUCGAGUGGUACCGGAUGCAGAUGCCUCAUUCGUAUCCUGGUCAAAUUACUAUAGAAAAGAGCCCUAGCUACUUUGUAACACCAGAGGUUCCAGAACGUAUUCGAGCGAUGAACUCCAGCAUAAAGCUCUUGUUGAUCGUCCGCGAGCCCGUAACGAGGGCCAUUUCGGACUACACGCAAUUGCGCGCUAACGCCGUUGCAGCCUCCCCUUCGGGACCGCCCCUGGCUGCCCCCGUCGCCGCCGCCCAGCCGCCCAAAUCGUUCGAGCAGCUCGCCGUCUUCCCGAACGGUACCAUCAACGAAGCUUAUCGACCGCUGGCUAUUUCCGUAUAUCACAACUAUCUUCACAGGUGGUUGGAAGCUUUUCCCCGAGAGCAAAUUCUCAUAGUCAACGGCGAUCUGCUGAUAGAAGAUCCCGUAUCACAAGUACAGAAAAUUGAAACGUUUCUCGGACUGGAGCCAAGGAUAGGCACGCAUAAUUUCUAUUUCAAUGAGACUAAGGGAUUUUAUUGUCUCAGGAACGAAACGUCGGACAGGUGCUUGAGGGAGACAAAAGGCAGGAAACAUCCACGAGUGGACGCGAACGUCAUAUCAAAAUUGAGGAGGUACUUCGGUGAGCAUAAUCAGAAAUUUUACGAACUUAUCGGUGAGGAGAUGGGAUGGCCAGAAGAAUAGGACACUAACUAGACUAGGUUAACUGUUUGUUUUCGUUUUUCUAACUAGGUUGUUGGUAGCUCGGUCCUGGCUGGCCCAAACCUGUACUAGAAGUUUAAGUAAGGAUUGUUUUGGAGGUUUUUCUUUUAUCUGAUAUUCAAGUGAAAACUAUUGCAAACUGCCACAGCUGCACAGCUGGACCACCCUGGAUAUUCCCAUUAUUUUCACGAGUCUAAUCUAGGUUUGCUUUUCGGCGUAUUAUUUUCAGUCUACCCCAAAUCUUGACAAUGCCAAUUAUAUAUAAUCUUUCAUUGGAUGGCAAAUCAUAAUAAACCUGAAGUUCUGUUGUAAAUCGGAUAGCCUUCUAAGCAUUUGGGAAAUUACUCGAGAAAUCGCCGUACAACGUCUUCGGAAUUACCCAAAUGACCGAAGUUUCGUGUACACUUUUACAAAAGGCGCGACCAUAACUCUGAUAACUCAAACGGAAACCGAGAUUACGGGAAAUGAAGAUAAAACGUCCGAAACCCUGGAAGUUUGCCGCGAAUAGGCGGAAAACUUUUAGCUUUUCCGCCUGUUAUUUGUCACUUAAAAAAGUUUUAAUACAUCGGUGUAUGUGUAGCGAAGUUUGCAGCAGGUGUAAGUUAUUUAAAGCUGCGAAAUGAUUGCGACUAAACUUCUAGACAGCCACUUUGGAGCAGACUUGAGCUAAUUCAGAUUACCGAAUUGCUUUCUCUUAAUGUAUAUCAUUUAGCAAACGUUCUAAUCCGUUCGCCAGGACCAAGCGCGUUAGGAAAUUAGUCUCAGGUGAAGCGGCUAUGGCAAAGUUGCACUCAGAAAAAUGUUACUUACUCUUUACCUAAAAAUCGUUCAUGGAUGCCAAAAGAAACCUUAACAGAAGGAUGAUUCUUCAAAUUGGUCACGUCAUGACUUCUAUAUUUAGGGCAAAAUAUUGUCUCAGCAUUGAAUUUCUUGUGUAAGAUUUUUAAGGGCAACGAUCAGAUUUCGUCAAUAUCAAGAACUAUCUUAAUCGUGAUAUUAAAUUUAUUUAAUUAUACAUGCCUUAAACAUUUUCGUAAAACAUGAAAGAAUAACCACCAACGUGCGCGGGGGAAUUCAAACUAAAUUGUUCUAAGGCGAUCUGUGAACUUUGUCACAUGGGAAUGGGUUCCAACACUCAUUAACAAUGAUCCAAUGGGGUGAAGACCAAGUAUAUCAAAACUAGGUUCUUUUGAAUACAAUUCUUUUGAAUUGACUAACGGUUCCAUAAGGUUUUUCAGAAGACCUUCUAAUUAUCCAAAAACGACUUCAUCUCUCAUAAAGCAUUUUCGAAUCCAAUACAAUCUUUUCUGGGUCACAAAGACCGCUCGCUCACUGUGAAGUAUUCAUUUUGUUUGCAAAGGACUGAGACGACUAAUGCAAAUCUAGAAUCGAUAUCUAUCGAUCCAUCCUAUCCAUAUUUGAACUACAACAAUACCAUACAACCUCACCUGACAAUGUUGACAAUAUGAAUAAAAUGGUUUGUAUAAGCCAACCUUCUAUCAGUCCGUCAACAUCUGAUCUGCUUGGAAUUAGGCUGAUUAGUUAUAGCUUUAUCAAUCUAAAAUCCAUUUCAUGACUUGAUUAACACGAGAAAUAUUUACUUCUCGGUUCCCCAAGGGAACUGUCACUGUAACAAAUUAUUAACGGCGCUUGAUGAAUACAAGAGUAUCAGUAUCCAAGUAUAUGAGCCAGUAUCAUUGAAAGACAAAAAAUGCAAACAUACGUUGUCAAAAAAUUCCAACUUGAAACGGUUUUACGAGUGCAGCUUCCUAUCCCACUUCUCCUUCAAGUAUUUUUGCUCAAUUACACUAACAAUAUUUUAAAAUGUUUUCGAUUGCUGCGAGCCCCAAAAUUCGACCCGAGCAACGCGCAUCUCAUAAAAAGCACCAAAAAUAGGUUGAUUAAAGAUAAAAGACACUGUGAUAAAACCAUUCACUAACUCUAUGUAGCAUAUACACAAAACAGAUUUAGAAAGGGUUGAAUUUCGGAGAGCGCGUUUUUUCUUUAUAUUUGACAAACUCUAACAAAUACAUAUCAUAAAUUACAUAUCUAUUCAGAGAAAAAUAAACGAAUUACAUUAAUAUAAAUUGAGUCUAUAUGUGUACAUUGAAUUAACAAAGUGUGUUGUAUGAAUAUAUAGACACUCCUCUAUUUUGGGUAUCAUACAGCGCAUAAAAUAUAUAACAGGUAAACGAAAGAAAUUAACAGUGGGCAGCUUAGUGACGCGAUUUAUUGAUUGGACGAGAGAACAGGUUUUCAUGUCAGUGAUCGUGAUAGUAUUUCUGUAACAACAGGAGACUGCACAACGCCCAGUAUUUUCUAAAAUCAGGUAUGCUACAUAUCACCAUUUUUUUCUGAUGAGACAUUAUCAUUACAGGUUUGUUUGAAAAAACGUGUAUAUUUAUUUAAAGAUCAUUUGAUCAUGUUGUCGACAAUUUCGAACUAUUUUACCUUCAGCAUUCUUCUUAUAUUCACAUUUGCACUAAGUCUUCAUAUUUCUGGAAAUCUACGUCAACAACGUCAGUUCAACAUCCUUCAGUAAUUUUUGAUGCAAC